CACACCACAGUCCUGAUCAGGGAAGGAAGAAAAGAUAUUCAUGCAAUUGGAAAGAAUUUAAUGAUCCUAAAUCCAUUCGUUUGGAUGAUUGAUUCUAAAUAUGCCAACUUCAAUGUGGAGAGUGUGUAUACAGAGAAUGGGAUAAAAGGCAUGGGCAAUGUCGAUAUACAACAUCUGUUAGUUUCUGCUGUACCUGAACAUCAACCAGAUGCAUUACCUGACGUCAUUGUAAUAUCUGCUACUCCCGGAAUGGGCAAAACGAGUUCGUUUCGCUUUCUAGUCCAAGAUUGGCUCUCCUCUAAUCCAACCACGCUUGGAAUGGAAAACAUCGAUCUCAUAGUGCCCGUUGUAUUGCGACAUGUGAGCAGCAAUAAUAUCAAAGAUUUGGUUAAGGAUGAACUUCUGCACAAUGUUGCAAAACAUCUGCAACCAGAUGACAUCAUCUCAGCUCUGAAGAAUGUUUCCUUGCUUUGGAUGUUGGAUGGCUAUGACGAAGCAAGCACAGAAACCAGAAAAGUGGUCAAGGAAAUCGUUCAGAAGUUUCCAGGUUCCAGAAUAAUGAUUACAACUAGAGAAGAAUUCAAGAAUGAAAUUGAAACUGAGGUAGCUUCAGUAGGUCGCUCUUACUCAAGUGUUACUCUUGCUGGGUUUUCUGUUGAAAACAUACAAGAAUAUGCUAAAAAGAUCAUUUCUGCUUCUGUUCAAGAUCCACAAAAAAGAAGCGAUAUACUGAAAGAGUUCAUGGAUUUCACUGAAAAUGGGUACAUUCUGCAUAUACUACGUGUUCCUCUAUUUGCAGCUAUCACAAUUGUACUGUGGCUCGACUCCCCUGAGAAUGCUUCCCACAUAAAGACAACUUCCUCUCUAUUCACUCUGCUUGUUGAUCACAUGAUUCAGAGACUCUUAUUACGAGAAUCAUACAGAAAGUUGAAUCAGACCAUAUCUUCCCUAAAACAGAAACUCAGUAGUUUUUUUGACAGCAUUGGCUUUGUUCUUUGGCGGAACUAUGAUCACUUCAUUCUUCAACAGUAUGAAGUAGACUAUUUGCUAGAGAAAUGUUCAGAGCUUGGGCUUCCAUUUAAGGAUUCCAUGUCAGCUUUCUUUGUUUAUGCUGAAAAGGCUACACCUCUGGGCAUCGUUGAAGAUUACACAAUCAUCCAUCGUCAAUUGAUGGAGUUCUUGGGAGCGAGAGCAUUUGCAAACAAAAUGAUCCAUGAGGGAUGGGAUGUGAUGGACACUGCUAAAUAUUUCCUCCAAAGCAAGAGAGAAUUAUUACUGAAGCAUGAAUCUUCACAUUAUAGUCUGGGGGAUUUGUACUAUAACAUAGACAAUUUGUCCAUGGAGUUGCCUUGUGAUAAAUAUGGGACCUUCGGUGACAAUGGCUUCGUGAUGCCAGUAAGUGCUUUUAUCAUAAAAGAAUCCUGGUGUUCGAUAUGUUUUCCCUUUAUGAACGAAAAAUUAAGCGAAGAUUAUUAUUUACAUACCGACGGUAUUUUUACAACACGUAAAUCAAGAAAUUUCUGGUGCCACGUAAAAGACAAAUUGUCUGGCCUGUGGUUUGCCUAUGUUUUGGGAUGCCUGAGUCUCAGUCGACAGCUGAAUGAAGAAAGGUGUGAACAGUUUUCCUUUAUUUUUGGUUCAUCUACACAUCCAUUUCUAAAAAUAGAUUACAUCUUAUUAGGACUGAAUGAAGCUGGAGAUGAUUUAUUUGUGAAAAAACUAUGCAAUUACGUUAAUCGUAAAAUGUGGGCAUUCGAAUAUACUCCCUUCGUGUCACACACACUAACAGUAAAAUUGUUGCAGUACAUACAGCCGAAGUCAGUCUUUCUUCAUCUUUGUAAAAAACUAGAUUCUCAGGGGCCUGAUGGAGUCACAAUUCCUAACAAAUUUGAUCCAACAAGGUUCUUACUUGACUGCAUUGAAACAUUUGUUGAAUACCACUGUGAAAUUCACCUUGACAUGCGGCUCCUCUUCCAAAAUGCUGUCCCAGAUUUAGAGCUGACAAUGACUUCUCUGGAACGAUUGCUCAGAGGCACUUCCCGUUGCCGACUUGUCACAUUCAGAGGUGUUGUCGACGACAGUGCUCUGGUACUCCUAAAGAGAUCUACUUACCUGAGGGAGUUAUCUCUGAUGUACAUUGGGGAAGACCUUCGCCAUAUGGCUGAAUUAGUGAAGACGUUGCCUGAACUGAAUGUUUUCCGAUUAGCUAUGGAUUUUCGCUGUUGUUCUGGCGAGGAGCUGCCCGUUCUCAUUCGAGAUGAGGAGGUGGCAGUUCCCGAGCUUUGCGUCAUUCUUACUGACGUUUUCAACUACGAUCCUGAGCGCGUUGCCACGGCCCUCAAGAGAUUACUUCCAAAUCCGUUUCAUGUGAUCUUACGGGGUAGAACGACGACCUUUGACCUAGAAUGGUUACUUAGAAAUCCGUUUCCUGUGAUCUCACGGGGCAGCAUUUCGACCUUUGACCAAGCAUUUCGACCUUUGAGGAAAAAGAUGUGGACUUAUAUUACUCGUGUCUUGGAAAAUGUUUUGAAUGUCAAUAUCUUACAAGUAUUGCUGGAAGUUCCUGACGAAUUUUUUCAGUGCUUUGAUAUCAUAAGACCUUAUGUAGAAGACUUGGAAAGAUUCUCAAACCAGCGCUUCCCCAGUACUACAAUAGAAGUCAAAUUUGUCGACACCACAGGGCGUGUAUGGGGUUUUACAGAAACAGGACUAACAGCACACUAAGAAGUAUUUUUAAAAUUGGAGUGUGUUUAUACUUAUGCAUAUUAUUAUUAUUAUUAUUAUCAUUAUUGUUGUUGUUGCUGUUUACAAUAGUAUCAUCAUAUAUCAUGUGUUAAAUGUAUAUUACUGAAAAUGUAAUUGAGAACCAGGACAAUUCAUAGAUCUAAUCGAUCUUUUCUUCUCAACGGACAAAAAUUUACAGAAAUUUGCGCAGUAAAGAAAAACCUGUAUAAGAUGUGCCUUACAAUUUGAAACCCUCCAGUAAUGAGAGCCAGAGUAUCAGUUAGCCUUCGUAAAGAGCAUCCUGGUGUCAUGGUGAGUAUAUAGCUCCUCUUAGUGCCGAGCUUUUGAACUAUGCUCCUUCCUCGUUGUGUGUGCUAAAUAAAGCUGGUCUCGUGCCAGCGCUGCUCUUCUUGCUCCUAGACAUAGAGCAGCCUGUGAGUGAAGCUUAACCCUUGCUCCUAGACAGAGCAGCCUGUGAGUGAAGCAUAACCCUUGCUCCUAGACAUAGAGCAGCCUGUGAGAGAAACUUAACCUUUGCUCCUAGACAGAGCUGCUGUGAGUGAAGCUUAACCCUUGCUUCUAGACAGAGCAGCUGUGAGUGAAGCUUAACCCUUGCUCCUAGACAUAGAGCAGCCUGUGAGUGAAGCUUAACCCUUGCUCCUAGACCUAGAGCAGCCUGUGAGUGAAGUUUAACCCUUGCUCCUAGACAGAGAGCAGCCUGUGAGUGAAGCUUAACCCUUGCUCCUAGACAGAGAGCAGUCUGUGAGUGAAGUUUAACCCUUGCUCCUAGACAGAGCAGCCUGUGAGUGAAGUUUAACCAUACCAGAUGGAUGGAGAGUGAUACUCCAUGGAAGAAACGAAGGAGGCUGCAACAUCAGCGUAUCCUAUUGGAGCCAUUCUUUCCAGUACUUGGAAUCAUUCUGCUUUUCAUGCAUAUUCACUUGAUGGAAAUUCUGUUGAUAAUUAUUAUUAUUAUUAUUGCUAUUAUAACUAAUGGGAAUUGUGUUCAUAUUACUAUUGUUAUUAGAAUUAGUUGAUUAAGACAGUUAAGUCCUAUUUUCAGACUACCUUGGAGCUUGCCUAAGAUUAGAUAAUGGGGGACUUUGAGGUCACAUCUAGAUAUUGCCUUAAUAAUGAAUGUGGAUUAGAAGUUGCAGAUGCAAUGCUGGAACUGCUAAAAAUGAUUAAAUUAUUUAAGCCUU